AUGAGCGGCGGAGAAAGUCCCGUAGAAUAUUUGGCGAAAGAGCCUACCGACGAGCGGCCCCAAGUUCUGAUCUUACAGAGAGGUGGACCUGAUCCAGGUACGCGAUAA